AGGGGGUUUAAGUAAACUGGUUUAAGAAAGAGAGGGGGGUUAAGUAGAGUCAAGUCAAACUUUAUUAAGUUAGAAACAAACCAAACAGAUUUAUGGUUAACAUAGGAAAGAUCAACGACCGCGUAGCAUCCAAAUUUAGCUAGUGCUACCCUUUUUGUAGAUCUUGAUCUAGCCAUUGUUUAUGCCUCACAUCGACGAAUGUUACCAAACUAGCGUCACCCUCCUUUUUUUAUAUGAAGUGGUCAGUAAAUACAAACAGCAAAACGUGACGAAGAUGCGGCGUGUCACAUGAGCAUCGAGAUUCAGUGGCGUCACGGGCUUUAAAGGUAACAUUCAUUCAUCCGUUGGUAAAGAAUCAGAUGGAAGUGCAAUGCAGCUUUAAAGGUAACAUAAUACGCAUACGGCAUACCUCUGCCCCUUGUCGCCGGAGUCUUUGCUCAUGUCUCGCUGUGAAGUAGCGUUUCACUCGCCUUGAGCUCUCUCUCCACACCGGCCGAGAAAGGGAAAGUGCACUACGCGAAGCAGUUGGCGUGCGUGCGUGCGUGCGUGGUCAAAGUAAUUUCCCGUGUAAUCACCUGCCGGCCGCAUAAGCAGAUCCAAUCUAGCCCCAAAGCACCCUGCAUGAGCCUAAUUUACUACCCGGCGUUAGCCAAAACAAACAAACCCGCCUAAACCCCACACUCCCACACUGAGUGCACGCCCUUAAGCCCACUGGGAGCGGCAGCAGGCAGAGGAAGAGACGCCAUGGGGGUCCGCCCGGCGGCCACGAAGCUGCACAUCCCCCCAUCCGCCGCCCGCCGCUCCACCUUCCUGCCACUCGUCGCCGUCGCCCUCCUCUGCUGCGCCUUCUACCUCCUCGGUGUCUGGCACCACGGCGGUUUCGCCUCCCCCUCCCCAUCCUCCCCCGUUUCCAUCUCCACCGCCGUCUCCUGCACCACCACCGCCGCCCCGAAGAAGACCCCGUCUGCCCGCGCCCGCUCCCGCUCCCCCUCCCUCGACUUCUCCGCGCGCCACACGGCAGCCGUGGACGAAGCGCUCACCAGCGACACCUCGUCCGGUUCGUCCUCGGCGGCGCCGCGGAGGUACCGCGCGUGCCCGGCCAAGUACUCCGAGUAUACCCCGUGCGAGGAUGUGGCGCGGUCGCUGCGGUACCCGCGGGACCGGCUAGUGUACCGGGAGCGGCACUGCCCCGCUGGGCGGGAGCAGCUGCGGUGCCUCGUCCCGGCGCCCGCCGGGUACCUUUCCCCGUUCCCUUGGCCCGCCAGCCGCGACGUCGCCUGGUUCGCCAACGUGCCGCACAAGGAGCUCACCGUCGAGAAGGCGGUGCAGAACUGGAUCCGCGUCGACGGCGACAAACUGAGGUUCCCCGGCGGCGGGACCAUGUUCCCUCACGGCGCCGACGCGUACAUCGACGACAUCGGGAAGCUCAUCCCGCUCCACGACGGCUCCAUCCGAACCGCGCUCGACACCGGCUGCGGGGUGGCGAGCUGGGGCGCGUACCUGCUGUCCCGGGACAUCCUGUCCAUGUCGUUCGCGCCGCGGGACUCUCACGAGGCGCAGGUGCAGUUCGCGCUGGAGCGCGGCGUGCCCGCCAUGAUCGGCGUGCUAGCGUCCAACCGCCUCACCUACCCGGCCCGCGCCUUCGACAUGGCGCACUGCUCCCGCUGUCUCAUCCCCUGGCACCUGUACGACGGGUUGUACUUGAUCGAGAUCGACCGCGUGCUCCGUCCCGGAGGGUACUGGAUCCUGUCCGGACCGCCGAUCAACUGGAAGAAGUACUGGAAGGGAUGGGAGAGGACGAAGGAGGACCUUGACGCCGAGCAACAGGCGAUCGAGGCGGUUGCCAGGAGCCUCUGCUGGACGAAGGUCAAGGAGGCCGGCGACAUCGCCGUCUGGCAGAAGCCCACCAACCACGUCAACUGCAAGGCCUCACGCAAGGCCGCCAAGUCCCCGCCUUUCUGCUCCCACAAAAACCCCGACGCGGCGUGGUAUGACAAGAUGGAGGCCUGCAUAACGCCGCUCCCAGAUGUCUCCGGCGAAAACGACGUCGCCGGUGGCGCGGUGAAGAAGUGGCCGCAGAGGCUCACCGCCGUGCCGCCCAGGGUCUCUCGCGGCAGCAUCAGGAGCGUCACAGCCAAGACGUUCGCGCAGGACACCGAGCUCUGGCGGAAGAGGGUCCGGCACUACAAGUCGGUGAUCGGCCAGUUCGAGCAGAAAGGACGGUACCGCAACGUGCUCGACAUGAAUGCCCGCCUCGGUGGCUUUGCGGCAGCGCUGGCGGGCGACCCCUUGUGGGUCAUGAACAUGGUCCCGACCGUGGGGAACACGAGCACGCUCGGGUCCAUCUACGAGCGCGGGCUCAUCGGAAGCUACCAAGACUGGUGCGAGGGCAUGUCUACCUACCCCCGGUCCUACGAUCUCAUCCACGCGGAUUUGGUGUUCACCCUGUACAAGAAUAGGUGUGAGAUGGAGAGCAUUCUGCUGGAGAUGGACAGGAUCCUGAGGCCUGAGGGCACGGUGAUCAUCAGAGACGACGUGGACAUGCUGGUGAAGGUCAAGAGCUUAGCGGACGGGAUGAGGUGGGACAGCCAGAUUGUCGACCACGAAGACGGCCCGCUCGUCAGGGAGAAGCUCCUCCUGGUUGUGAAGACGUACUGGACUGCCCAGGACCAAGACCAAUAGCAGGAAUGUGAAGUAAAAUUCUAUAUAUGUUGAUAAGCACAUUUUUCAUGAUUGGGUCACCAUUUCUAGCUCCUUGAGCUAGCAGUUUUUACGUUCUUUGCUGUUCUUUUUGAACGGUCACCCUCGGAUAGGAACUUGGUCUCUAAGAUGUAAAACGGGGCAAAUGGAAGGAAGGGUAAAACCCCAGCCCCCUUCAAAGAUUGACUUGAAUUGCCAAUUUGUGAGAAGUGGUAAAUACUAGAGGUCACUGUUGUCAGUCAUCCUGGAUAAGCAGAGCCGAGUUCGUGGCUUCGUGCAACUACAGUUCUGUUGUAUAA